AUGGCAGCAUCAGUAGGCGGCAACAUGGAAUCGGACGAUCUUUCCGAUACAAUGAACGAUUUUCUACCGCUGUUGCCGGAAAACAUCAAGCAGGAGCUGUUUGAUGCCACCGAAAAGGGCAAUCUGUGUGACAGUGUUGAGAAUAAGAAUGAUGAAGCGGAAACAGCUAAUGAUCCACCAGCGCCGUCAAAGUGUGUCUGGUGCCAGCAAACUCUCUCACCCAGCGAUCAUCCGAAGUUGCUCGAAUGUCUGCACAUUGCCUGCCACGCGUGCGUCAAGCAGAAGAUUACGGAUCUGUCGCACAACUCGCCCCUCAUUUGUCCGGUGUGCAAGAUGGAGAGCCGGCUCGAGUACAUCAUCGACAACGUGUUUCUGAGCGAAACGUCAUCGUCGAGCGGCGAGGAUAACCCGGGCAGUGUGGAGUCCACGAAGGAUCAGAUCAAGUGCAGCAGCUGCAGUGACGAUGCGAACGCGACAUCCUGGUGCGUGGAAUGUGCCGAAUUCAUAUGCGACGGCUGUGUGCAGGCCCAUCAGCGACUAAAGAUCACGAAGGAGCACACAAUCAAGCCGAAGGAUGCAGCGUGCAGUGAGCAGACAAGCAGCAAUGGGUUGGCCGGGAAGAAUAUCAUGUGUCACAUGCAUCCGCAGGAAAAAUUAUCUCUCUAUUGUGAAACCUGUGAUCGGUUGACCUGUCGCGAUUGUCAACUACUGGAUCACCGAGACCACAAGUACAAGUUCGCCAACGAAAUUGCCAGCGAAACGAGAAGCAGUUUGAGCGCGUUGCUGAGCGAGAUUAGCUACAAGAAGGUGCUGCUAUCGAGCGCUAUGAAAGUGAUCGAUGAUCGACAGGCGCAAAUCACCGAGAAAAAGAAAGAAUUGUCCAAAGAGAUCGCUGAUUUGGUGGUAAAACUUACGAACGCGGUCAACACCCGUGGCAAGCUGCUGGUGUAUCGAUUAAAUCAGGUUUGUGACACUAAGCUUCAAGUAUUGAACGAGAAAAAGAAUGCGCUUCAACUGCUCUCAGGACACACGGAUCAUUGUAUCGAAUUUGUGCAAACCGCUCUUGAUAAGGGUAGUGACAGUGCCGUUCUGUACAGCAAGAAAACACUUGCUCGGCAUCUGCAAAAAGUAAAAAGCCAACGGGCUGAUAUUCCCAACCCAGAAAUACCGGUUCGUGUCCAGUUAUAUCUUUCUAACGUACCGGAACUGCAAAGUGUGAUUGCACGCAUUGGUACGAUACUAGUCGAUGGGAAAGUAUACCCAUCAUCACCAGGACCGAACAAUGCACCACAAGGACCCUCGGGAGCUAGUGGGCCGAGUCCGGUUGCACCUCAAAGUAGAAGUAAGCAACCAAGCCCGAAUAUUACACCACCUUUGAGGCCCGGUAUGCCAGGUCCGGGUAUGACACUUUCCUCCAAUGGCCCAGGUGGUAGUGGCCCCGGAGGAGGAAGUGGUGGCGGCGGCGGCGGCGGAGGGGGCGGGUUCUCCCAGGUGCCUCCCAUGUACAAUGGAAGCGGUGGUGUACCGGUAGGCCCUCCAUUCCCUCCCAAUCAUCCGAUGAACAGAUCGUUCUCACAAGAGAACGGCCCGGGACCAGGGCCGGGCUUUGGCCGGUUUGGUCAAAUGGGACCACCGAUGGGUAUGCCACCGCAACAGCAUGUUAGCUCCUCGACCCACCCACAAAAUAUGGACAUUAGUUUGCGUAAUUUAUUGAAUCAAAAAUCGAAUGGACCUCCGCUUCCACCGGGCGGUGCAGUCGGCCUAUCGGCAGGCAGUGGGUCCAUGCUUAACAGUCCUAGCAACGGGUCUGGUGGUGGGAGUGGUAGUGGCGGUAGCGGUGGUUGUGGAAAUGCUGGGGGACAUUUAGGCAAUGCUGGCAAUAACGCUCUGGCUAAUAAUCAAUUUACUGCCACAGCAAACUUCAUGGGCAGCGGAGUUUCACCAGGCGGAUCGGGCGGAGGACCACCACCGCACCAUCGCGGUCAGAUGGGUGGUCCGGCAAAUUUUAUGGGUGGCCCGGGUGGCGGACACCAGAACUUCAAUCAACCUCCGUCUGGCGGACCGCCAAAUAACGGUGGGAUGGGCAUGGGAGGGGGAGGAUCGGCCGCGGCAGCAGCUGCUGUAGCUGCGGCACGUUUUCAAUCUUUUCCACGGUUUCCCAUGCCGCCUUCCAUGCGGCAUAUAAUGGGUAAUCAGAACUCUUCCACUUUACUGACACCGAAGCAGCAGUCUUUACGCUAUCCGGGACAACAAACGCCACCAGGAUAUAAUACGAACUCUCCGCAACCACCUCAGAUGCCGCCACAACUUUCCGGAGCACCUGUUCCCGGACCUGGUGGAUCAGGUGGUGGAGGAGGUAACAGUGGGGGUGCUAAAUGGCAUAUUCCACAAAACAUGCAAGCGCAACAGAACAACGGGUUUUGUGGUCCAUCAGGAUUACAUCUGUUUGGAAGUGGACCAAAUGAAUCGUUCAAAAUUCCAUUAAAAUCGCCGGAUACUAUGCGCAACGCGAUGCUUCUUAAUGGGAGUGGUUCUUCCGGAGGUACCAUUUCCCUCGGUGGACACGGUGGCGGUGGCAGUGGGGGAAACUCAUCCAGCUCUGUUGGUAGUUCAUUACACCAUCAUCACCAUCACCAUCCUCAUAAUCAGCAACAAAAUCAACAACAACAACAACAUCAACAACAUCAACAACAGCAACAUCAACAACAACAGCAGCAGCAGCAGCAGCAACAACAGCAGCAGCAACAGCAACAGCAGCAGCAACAGCAGUUACACAGUCAGCAACAAUUACAAAAUCAUCUGCAGCAACUACAAAAUGCUCUUCCAAAUGUUUCCUCCACCAACCCGAAAACACCGAGUCCCAGUACGAAUGAGCCGGGGAAGGAUUUCGCAGAAUCAAUUGAUAAGACAUGCGAGGAUUCGGUAAACGAUCUGAUGGCGACAAUUGCCAAGCUAGAUUCAAACGGGGUGCAGGUUCUACCGGAAGGGCACCGUGGAAAGACAACGUCCCCGCAGGUUCACAGUUCCACUGAUGUGAACACCAGUGGGAGUACGGUGGUUAGUGGAUCGAGCUCGGGUCCUGGUUCUGCCGGUGGUUCUAACAACAGUGCGACAAUCGUGCUGGAUGAUAAAAACUUACCGAAGGAUCUCGAUCCAAACGAGGACUGGUGUGCGGUGUGCAUGGACGGUGGUGAGCUGAUGUGCUGUGAUAAGUGCCCGAAGGUCUUCCAUCAAACUUGCCACAUACCGGUAAUUGAUUCCCUGCCGGACGAGAGUGAAACAUGGCAGUGUUUGCUCUGUUACAACUUUGCGGAUUUACCGCCUGAACCUACGGGGGAAAAGCGUAACGUAGGCAUAACGCCACUGGAGCUAAAGAUUCUGCAAAGAAUUGUGCUGGAAUUGUUCUGCCAAUAUGAAACCAGCAUGCCCUUCCGUCAACUCGAGCCGGAAACAAACAAAGCAUAUUAUGAUAUUGUACGAAAUCCGAUUUCGUUAACGACUAUUCGCGAAAAGCUAGAAAUGAGCAAUAAUGACCAUUACACUGACAUUGUUUCCUUUAUCGCUGAUGUGAAGCGAUUGUUCGACAAUGUGUAUCUUUACUACCAGGAGGAUAGCAUGACGUACAAAAAUGCACGAAAGCUGGAAAAGUUCUUCGAACAGCAACUUUCGAAGUGGUUACCAAAGUAUCUUGAAAUCGAAUGCUAUUCCGACGAAUAUCUACAGAACGCAUCGAAACGUCUCAAGACCCAUCAAGAGGACUAA